CUUCUCCAUCCACCCACCGGUCGAGUUCUGCCGGCCGACGACCAUACCGGCAGGAGAUCUGAACCUAUCGGAGUGGGAGCCCCCUGACGCCGCUUUACACUCACACUUUUUUUUUGGAGAAAAUAUUCAAUUUAUUACAGAUGGAAGUGGUCCACGAAGCACCAUUCCUUAUCUUUGGAAUUGGCAACAAAUUCACAAUAUGCCAUCACCUAUGCAGGCACCACAUUGGCCCAUGUAUAACCAUUCUAGCUCUUUCGUAAACAAUCUUCCCAUACAAGUAGAGGUACCCAGAAAUGUGUAUAGCCAAACCAUCUCUAGUGGAUCUCAUAUGAGCCAGAUAAGAAUAUUCUAUCUCUCGAUCCGCCAGGCUGCAUCAAGGACUAAAGGAGGUUCAAGUGGUUCACCUAGUGGGAGAAGUGAUGAAGACAAAAGGGCAAGAGCUAUUAAAGUAAGGGAAGAGAAGACAGUGAUGAUUUACCUAGUGGGAGAAGUGACAACAUGGUUCAAAGGAUUUCUAGACGUGGCGACGGAUCAGUGAAGAUACAAAACUGGAGGGACUUACAGCAUAGGGUCGAUCGUAGUGUGUAUCACCAUAAGUUUUCACUCCAUCAAAUAUUUGCAUUUGUAGAUUGUACUAUGAAGCCAAAAGCACAUAUAUCUUCUUUAUAAGUUCGAAAUCUAGUUGAGGUUAUUUAUCAAAGAAAAAAAAAAGCUACUUGAGGUUUUUAAUUUCUUC